AUGGAACCCCAGCAGCAACAAGAGCAGCAAGAACUCUGCCGGCAGCAGCAGCAGCAAGAGCAGCAGCAGCAAGCCAGCAGCAGCAGCAACACAAAGCCCAGCUGCAGCAGCACAGACGCUCUCCCUGCUGCUGCAGCAAAUGAGGAAGGGGCUCGAAAGCCAACAGAGUGGUGGGUGCGCGUGCAUUUGAAGGAUUUGCUGCACCUGCUGCCUUGCUGCUGCAACCCCAGCAACCAGCAGCAGCAGCAGCAGCAGCAGCAGCAAAGAAAAGAGAGAAGUGGAGAAACAGAAGAAGAAAAGAAAAAACUAAUUAAAUGCAAAAAUGACAAACUUUGGCACUUGCGCUUCAUCGAACGAGCUGUACAGACAGCUGGAGGAGAGGCAAAAGCAAGGGAGGAAGAAAUUCUUUACCGAAUGGAAGAGCCAGAAGCAAUUUGCCUUUUUGCUCUUUUUUAUUUAUUUCCUUCGCACGCAAGGCCGCAGAGCAGGCAGCAGCAGCAGCAGCAGCAGCAGCAGCGCAGUGCAGCAGCAGCUCGCGAGGGUGCUGACGCAGACCGCGUCUUCACCAGCUUAUCUGCUGCUCCCUCUUGGGCAAAAAAAGAAAUUAAAAAUAUAAAUGAAAAUCUCAAACUUGCGCUGCCACAGCUAGCAGCUUUGAAAUACUGCCUCCGGGAGCAGCAGCAGCAGCAGCAGCAGGAAGAGAACUAG